AUGGCACCUUCAUCCGAACAAGCAGGUAGCGGUCAACUUCCAACACCGGCUUCUUCAUUCUCUCGAGAUAGGGAGUACGAAGCAGGCCCCUCGUCGUCAUCUACCAUUCAUGUAAACCACAGCAGAUCAUAUAGACCUUCACCUUCACCUUCAUCUUCCAAUGCACAACCCACAGGAUCAAUCACUCAGGAACUAUUCCGUAUAACUCAGAUCCUCCUUGCGUUAGAUUCGGAUACCUGGAAAUUCAUGAAAGAUACGAACAGAUCGAUCGAUACGUUGAAACAAACGGUAGAUGAGAGGAUGAAAGGAUUAAGGGAACUUGUAGAGUCGAGUAAACAAGAAGGGAAGGAGAUUAGUGAGGUGACGAAAGUGAUGUUGGAAGGGUUGGAAGGGAAGGUGGAAGGUUUGGAGAGGGUUUGUGGAGAUAUCAGUAGAAGUCAGAGUCUGGUUGGAUCAGGAGUCCCCGUGCAUCUGCAAGAAAAACAUAUUCAAAGACGACCAUUCGCUCAACUGGAAAGAGAUGGUACACAAGAGGCGAUAGAUGGUCAAGAAGAUGGGCAACCUCUCUUCGAUGAUACACUCGAUGAUAGUGGUUUUGGUGAUUUCGGUGGUGUACCGGAGGAUAUGGAAGGUGAUGAUCCUCAAGAUGGACAUGAAGAGAAUGACAUGUUCGUAGAUUUCAACGAUGAUAAUGGAUUUCAACCUUCCGAUAUGGACAUAGGAAUAAACCCCCAAGAGAUAAUGAGAUCACCUUCGACUGCUGAUCCUUCGGUCCAACCUCAAAGCGACGAAGUGAUCAAUGCAGAGGGUCAGGUUGCGCAUAAAAAGGGAAUGAGAAGGAUGAUAGCUGCGGUGAUAACUAGAGAACAGCACGAACAUGAUGAACCGUCAACAUCUGAUAACCUCAACGAAGCUGGAUACCAGGAACCCGUACCGACUCGCACAACAAGGUCAAGACGGAAAUCUGCCAAAGGUACUGAAACGGAAGUUUCGCCUGAUCGCGAUGGAUAUCGACCUUCUUCUGUGACUGCUACUCCGGAUGACGAGGAAGACGAAGAGGGAGUGGCACUGAAACCACCUCCAAGAUUACCUUUCCCUCCUCGACCACCUGUCCCUCCAUCACCAUCAUUAUCGCCCGACACACAGCUUAAGAAGAAGAGAAGUAGAUCUAAGAAGGUUAUGCCUCAUGAUCAAGUUCAGGUCUACCGAAGACGAGACUCGACUUUCGAGCCUCCCGCUGCUCAACACUCGCAAAAGCAGAAGCCGGCAGAAAAGUCGAUAGAAGACCCUGAAACCUCUGCUGAACCCUCUGAGUCAGCCUCACCUCGAAAGAGGAGAAGGAAAAGUACAGCUACAGCUUCUGUCAAGCCGGAAUCUAAAGGCAAGAUAAAUGUAAACCAGAAUAAGAAGUACACCCAAAAGGGUACAGCCAGAUUGAGGAAGUUUAAAGGUCAAGUUAGGCUGGCGAUCAAAUGUCUGGCAGCAUCGAAUGGUCAUAAGACCACUGAGGCGGAUUGGCCAAAUAAAGGGCCAAAUACUGCGAAAGGGAGAUUGGAAGAGAUUGUGUGUGACAUUUGCAAAGGCCGAUGUCAUUGGUCCUGUGCAGGUAUCCCUGAGGAGAAAGACAUGUCAGAGGAAAAUUGGAUUUGUCCAGAUUGUGCAUAUAGAAUGGAGGUUGAGGAAACACCAACAGUCUUGAUAGAUCCAACACAGCAACUGAAAUGUAUAAGGUACAAUUGUAUCUUACGUGAGAAACGAGCCAUUGAACAUCAAGAUGGCGAAGAAGAACGAUACUUUGUCGAAAAGAUCGUAGGUCGAAGGGCCAUCGCUAGAGAAGCAGAUACGCAAAAGAGGAUAUUUCAGUAUCUGGUUAAAUGGGAUGGAUACGACCUGGAUGAGUGCACAUGGGAACCCCUUGCCAACUUGGAACAUCACUCUGAACGCCUAUUGACGAAAUUCGAACAGACAGCCAAGAGGACUAGAAGCAACCUCAAACUCAGAGUGUGUAUUCUACCUGAAGCUAGGAAAUUCUGGGAUGAAAUCAGCGGUAAUGCCAUCAUGGAUGCUACGAAGAGCGAUGAUGAUAGUGCGCAGGACGACCAGGAUCGUGGAGAUGAGGAUCCAGAGGAUCAGGAUGAGAGACAAAUUGAGGAUGCAAGAAUAGCUAUUGAUGGGCCACACACAGAGCCAAAUGAGGAUUGUGAGGCGGAGAGGAGAGAUGAAAAUUCAGAUGAGGAGAUGAUUAAUGGAGAUCGAUAUGGUGAUAAAUUGGAUCGAAUUCUCAACGGUGAAGAAUACGACCAUGGCGUAGACAAUGAGCCGACCGAGGAAGAAGUAGCGAAUUGGAUCGAUCUAAUUCCAGAUGAAGACGAGGAGAUGACAGAUCCCGACAAGAUGGAUCGUGAAAUCAAUGGUGACGACGACAGCGACUAUCACGAUCAUAAUGGAAAUAACGAAAUGAACAACGAUAUCCGUGGAUCGGGAUCUCCAGAAAACUCUACCGCUCAAACCCAACAUGAAGUAGAUGGGCAGGCGUUGGAUCCAGAAGAAGAGUACGAUGAAUUAGAUCAUAGUGACGAGGAACACGAACUCGAUCGUCGAGGUGAUUCUCCCACUGGCAACAAGGAGAAAGAUCAGGAGGAAUUGAAAGAGAUGAUAAAUGAGAUGAGAGGGGGAUCCGGGGGAAGGACGUUCUUCGGGAUUAGAAUGUUUUAA